AUGAAUAGAUUGAUUGUUUCACUGAGUUCACAUCGUGACCUGCUGGACAGUCUAGUUCUUGAGGGAACAAGAACUAGACCUUCACAUGAGGUCCACACAGGAGAAAGAGAAGUCAAUAAGACUGAGGAUUGCCAUUCACAGUUAGCUGAUGCUUUCCUGCUUAAAUCUAAUAUAUUCCUCAACUGUACGCAACUUGGAUGUUAUCAUUCGCUCAAAAGCCUUACAAACGACAAACACAAGCAGCAAGCUCGAGACUUACCGAACAUGAUUGAAUGGGAACGAAUAAUUCUAUGUUUCCCUAGUUUCACAUCAUAA